AUGGAUAACAUAAACCCUCAUUAAAAUCUAUAAUUAAAUAGGAAAAAUCAUCUCAACUUUGCAAACAAGUAAUGGCAUAUAUUUCAGACUGGCAUUGAAGAGAAUCAACCCUGUUAAUAGCUUUCUUUAAUAACUAAACCAAAAAUGGUUGAUUCAUGCUAAUAAUUGUAGAGUGAAAGUUAUCCAAGAAAAACUAGAAAAUAAAUAAACUAAUGUCAAUAUUGCCUAUAAAAAUUUAAGAAUUAUAAAGCCCUUGGGGGACAUAUAUCUAAAAAACAUAAAGGAAGUUCAAAAAAAUAUAAUGAGAAAAUGAGAUCACACAAACGCAAUACUCAGACAAGAUUCAACAGAAGAAUUCUUACUUAACAUAUUAGAAGUUUGUUUAGAUUUGAAGAUUAAGUAGACUCUUGA